GACAUGCAGACCCCAGCCAGAGCUGCCCCAAAGCAGCUGCUCAUGGGAGGCAGGUGGAAGAGAAGCAUCGUUGGCAGAUCCAGGUGCAAUGUGGUGCGAUGUCACUCCAAAAUCGCCACGCUCUGAAAUUAGACUACAUAGAGAGCCCAGAGCAUCUGGAGAAAAUGAGGUGAGAGUCUUUGUUGCCCUCUUCCCAUAUGAUCCUGCAGUCAUGUCACCCAAUCCUGAUGCUGCUGAAGAAGAGCUUCCCUUUAAAGAAGGCCAGAUUAUCAAGGUUUACGGGGACAAAGACGCAGAUGGUUUCUACCGGGGUGAGGCGGGUGGCCGUCAUGGCUAUGUGCCGUGUAAUAUGGUUUCAGAGAUCCAGGUUGAUGAUGAGGAGACCAGAGACCAGCUCCUGAUGCAGGGCUUCCUCUCCACAGAGGCUUCAAUGGAUAAGAUAGACGCCCGCUUACAUGCACAGCUUCCACGCCGUCCCGCUGCACCGCCGAAACCUAGACGCUCCAAGAAAGUGGAGUCGGCUGCGGUGUGGGACGACACGUCUGCUAUGAACUCCUCCAGUCAAGACCUCAGUCGCUCUGCCGACCCGAUGGGAAGCUCCAGACCUCGCAGGAUGGUGGCCAUCUUUGACUACGACCCAAGAGAGAGUUCUCCCAAUGCAGACAUAGAGGCUGAACUGACCUUCAGUGCGGGCGACGUCAUCUAUGUGUUCGAUGACAUGGACGAUGACGGCUUCUACUAUGGGGAUCUCAAUGGACACAAAGGCCUCGUACCGUCCAACUUCCUGCAAGCUUUUCCAGAGACAGAAGAAGAUGCGUCGCGUACGGAGCACACGGUGACGGAUAGCCGCAGGGAUUCACAGGUGAGCCAGACAGAAUUGUCUAAGCAUCUUGAUCCCGUGAGCUCCUCUCAGCCAGGACCAAACCCCGAGCCGGACUCGGAUCAGAAACUGACCCUGAGCUCGUCUCCCCCCGCGACCCCUCCGUUCCCCGACGCCUCCCUGCCUGAGAAGAAGAAGAAAGGUUUCUUCUCCAAGGGCAGGAAGCUCUUCAGAAAGCUGGGCUCCAGCAAGAAGGAAUAGCUGUGAGCCUAAAGAUCUGCAGAUUGCACUUUUUCUCGUGUGUCGUGUCAGUUUCAGUGUGUCCGUCCGAUAGGAGAAUCUUUCUCAUUCUCUGAUUUUUGCCAUAAUGAUGCAGACUUAUCAGCGCUUUCGUCUGUCGGACUGUUUCUUCUUUUCAAAAAAGCAAAUAAUCGCAAUACUUGUGCAAAUAGGAAAAUGGGUUUGAACCCAUUAAAGCUGUGACUAGAGCUCAUGCCUGUUUAAAAGCUAUAAAAUACUCAUUUGAAGAGUAAAAAAUAGCAAAAUAUUCUAAAUAAACGCUUAACUUCAAUAUAACAGCAUCUAGACAUGAAUAACCGUCUGCUAGUGUCACAAACAUCAUCCACUGAAAGGCAGAGCACACUUAGAAGAGACAUGUUGACAUGAUAUUUAUUCCAGGAAUUCUGGAAAAUAAAGCGAAGGAGUGUGACAAAAUCAUUUUUUUGUCGCUACUGAAAUAUUUUGCACUACAAGUAGGGUCCAAGACUGCAGAACUGUGUCCCUUCACCUGUUUUGUGUUGCUGGUGUUAUCCAGUUAAAGCUAGAAUAAUACAAACCGGUUAGUUAAACCAGUACAGACUGAGCUGAACUCAAAUCUUUACAUAUUCAUUCAUUCGUUUUUACUGGAGAAAAUCUGAAGGAUCACCGACUGGCCGAAAAGCUUUUUAUUAUCUAUAUCACAAUAUUUUCUGCACUUUCAGAUUAUUUUAUUAGUAAUGUUGUUGUAUUCUACUGAAAACACGGUUUUAUUAUAUUCUACACACUACUGUGUGGAAGGCCGUUUCUGACACUGAAUUAAAAAAAGGUAAUUGUGAC